AUGGUAACAUUACUAGAGGAUUCUGGCACUAUUUCGUUAAUAUCUAGAGUAUCUGCAAUGCAGAAUAUCUCAUCUAAACUGACAUCUGCUUCAGUGUAUCUGGCAUUACUAGAUGAAGAUGCUGAGGAAUUAAAGUUAUAUGCAUUGGAACAACUAAAUAUGAUUGUUGAUAAUUACUGGUAUGAGAUUGCUGAUUGUAUAGGUUUGAUUGAGAGCUGUUAUGAAGAUGAAAGCUUUUCAAACAGGGAAUUAGCUGCUCUAUUGGCAUCAAAAGUUUACUUUCAUUUAGAAGAUUACAAUGAAGCUUUAAAAUAUUUACUUAACUGCACUAAGUUGUUUGAUCCUUCUGAAAAUAACCCAUAUACUCAAUGUAUGGUUGUAAAGUGUGUAGAUGAAUUUAUAAGAGUUUGUAAUGAUGCAUACAAGAAGACUGAGUCUGUAGAUAAAAGUGAUAAAGAUAAAUCAAACUCCAACUCAAACAAUCUUUAUUAUUAUAAUGAAUUAGAUAGAGUGGAUUUGAGAUUAGAGGAGAUUUUGUCUGAUUUUAUAAAGCGUUGUACAGCUAAUGGCAGUUAUAUUGAUGCUAUAGGGAUAGCAAUAGAAGCUAGAAGAUGCGAUAUUAUGAGGAGUAUUUUAGAUGAUGUAGGGGAUAGAUGUGAUAGUUUGGUAUCUAUAGUUGAGUAUUUUGUUGAAUCAGCUCAUAUGAUUGUAAGCUCAAACAAAUUUAGAUUGGAAUGCUACAAUAUUCUAAUUGAAGCUAUUGAAAGUUAUAUUGGUAUAAAUAAAAUUGGAUACUAUGGAGAUAUAAUCAAUGAGAAAAUAACUAAAAUUAGUGAAUUAUUACCUCAAUAUUGUGAAUGUUUGUAUCAUACUGGGAAUUCCCAGAAAUUGGCAUUUAUCCUACAUAAUUUAAUUAAAACUAAAGAUUAUAUCUUGAUGGGAUAUUCAAUUGCAUUUCUUCUCAAGGACUAUGGAAAUCAAUCUCUUAUUUUAAAAAUGUUAGAGGAAAUAAAGAAGUUAUCUAGUACAGAUAGUUUAAAUGAACAAAAUCAGCCAAUAGAUGAGAGUAUCAAUGUUAAUUCUAACAAUAAUACUGCAAAUAAAUCUAACAUUCUAACACUAAGAUCUAGUAUCCACUCUACACCCUUGAAUAAAUUAGAGUAUAUACUAAGAGGUGAUGCCUCAAUUAAUUUAACUUUACAAUUUCUAUAUUUGAAUAAUCAACCUGAUUUGGGACUUUUGGACUAUAUAAGAAGUAAUUCUGAUCAAAGGUCUUCAAUUAUCCAUACUGCUUUAGUUAUAUCCCAUGCAUUGAUGCAGGCUGGAACUACUUGUGAUGUUUUUUUAAGAAAUAACUUGGAAUGGCUUGGAAAAGCUACUCAUUGGUCAAGAUUCUCUACAUCUGCUUCUUUAGGCGUUAUUCAUAUGGGUCAUAUAGAAGAAUCAUUUAAAGUACUAUCUACUUGCUUACCUCAAACAUCAUACUCAGGAGAAUCGAUAUCUGGAGAUAAUGCAACAUCUUCUGGUCCUAGUCAUGGAGAGGGGAUUCCAGGUUCAUCUAUUGGGAGAACUUCAAAUACAUCUAAUUCUCAUGGAGGCCCAUAUAGUGAAGGUGGAGCUUAUUAUGCUCUUGGUUUAAUUCAUGCCAAUCACUUUGAUAAUAAAAUAAAGGAGUAUUUACUGAAUCAACUUCACAAUUGUCAAAGAAAUGAAGUAUUGCAACAUGGAUUAUGCUUAGGUUUAGGACUACUUUGUAUGGGAUCAUGUGAUCCGGAAAUAUAUGAGGAAUUAAAAAGUAUCCUUUAUAUGGAUAAUGCUGUUGCAGGUGAGGCAGCUGCUUAUGCACUAGGAAUGGUAAUGUUGGGAUCUGGAUCUUCUAAGGUUAUAAGUGACUUAUUAUCUUAUGCAAAAGAUACACAACAUGAGAAGAUUGUUCGGGCUUGUUCUUUAGCAAUGGGACUUGUUAUGUAUCAGAAGGAGGAAGAAGCAAAUGAUUUAUACUUUCAGUUGAAUUCAGAUAAUGAACACUUUAUAAGAUAUGGAAGCUUGUAUGUUCUAGGGUUAGCCUACUGUGGUACUGGGAAUGAAUUCGCUUUGGAAAAAUUAUUGCAUUCAUGUGUCUCCGAAUUAUCAGAUGAUAAUAGAAGAGCUGCAGUAUUUGCUUUAGGUUUAGUUCUAUGUAAUAGAGCACACAAUAUACCACAAGUAUUUAAAUUACUUUGUGAUAGCUACAAUCCACAUGUAAGAUACGCUGCUGCUUUGACAUUGGGUAUGACUUGCUGUGGAACUGGAUUACAAAGUGCUCUUUCCAUAUUAAAAAAUAUGACAAGUGAUACUACAGAUUUUGUUAGACAAGCUGCAUAUAUUGGGCUUGGUUUUGUGCUUAUGCAACUAAAUAAUACUUUAUGUGAUCAAACAAAUGCUAUUAGGCAACAAAUGAUUAAAGCUUGUACUGAUAAACAUGAACAUGUGACGACAAGAUUUGGUGCAAUCUUAGGAGUUGGUUUAUUAGAUUCAGGAGGGAGGAAUGUUGUGGCAUCCUUAUUCUCACGUACUGGUCAUAUAAGAUCGAAAUCUGUUGUUGGACUUACACUUUUUUCGCAAUUUUGGUACUGGUUUCCAUUAGUACAUUGUAUAUCUUUAGUAUACUAUCCAACUGCCCUUAUUGGAAUUACUGAAGAUAUUAAGAUGCCAAAAAAUUUCAAAGUUAAAUGUAAUGCUUCUAUUGGAAUGUUUGAUUAUCCAAAACCAUUUUCUGUUGCAAAGAACGAAGAUAAGAAAGUUGUCCUCACUGCUGUUUUAUCAACUGCAAACAAGAAAAAUAAGAAAAUGACUACAAAUACUGAGACUGAAGUUAAUGAAGUCUCUGCAAUGACUAUUGAUGACGAAACUAAAAAUGGGAAUUCUACUUCUGCAGUGAGUACAACUGCAAUGUUAGUGGAUAUUAAUACUGAUAAUAAGACUGAUGCAAUAAAUGGAGAUAAAGAUAACACUAUGAAAAGUCUAGAUACAGAGUUAGUUCAUGAUGAUACGACUAUUUUACAAAAUCCAUGUAGAGUACUUCCAGCACAAGUUAAGUAUAUUGAGUACUUACCAGAUUCUAGAUACAUUCCUAUAUUCCCGAAACAGAUGUCUGGAUUUAUCCUAUUAAAGGAUACAAAACCAGAUGAACCUGAGGAAUUUGCUGAAGUUACUGGUGAGACUAAAGACAAUACAACCAAAAAUAAUACAGAGUCUUUGCAGCAGGAACCAAGUGUUGUGGAUGAACAUGUAGAGUCAACCACUACUGAACAAAGUCCACCUCAGCCAUUUGAGUGGCAUGGUUAA